UAGACAUACCGGCGUAACCGAAGUUUGUGUAAACAGAAUAUUAUCAUACGAUAAAAAAAUGGAUGAAAAACGGCGUUAAACCCAAAACAAACAAAAUGGCGGAAAAGGGGUGUGGGAAUAAGGAAAAAACUAGGUCAGAUGAUGCAGUUCCUGGACGAACAGAGCAGAUAUUAUGUCAGCCAUGUUCUAGUAAGGAUAAACAAACAGUAGCUGAUGUGUUUUGUUCAACAUGUGACGAGUUCCAGUGUACAGAAUGUUCAAACGUACAUACAACGCACGCGUUCUUGAGAAGUCACAAGCUAGUGAAUGCAAAAGAAUUCAAAACGAUACCAGUCUCAUUUGAUAUGAAGGGAACAGACCGAUGCGGACAGCACAAAAAGACUUUGAAAUUCUUCUGUGAAGAUGCAAACCAGCUUUGCUGCAGUACCUGUGCUAUUGUGGAUCACCGGAAGUGCCACAGUGUCGUAGAAAUACAGAAGAUUGCCGAAAGAUCUGCAUCGACAAGUUCCAAAUUAAAGGCCAGCUUGCAGGAUAUAAGAGAGAAAGCUGAAACUGUCGUUAAAUAUACCAAAUCGUCAAAAGAGCAACUGAAUCAAGAUGUUAAAGAAGUGUCUUUAAAAAUAAGAAAAAUGCGGGAUAAUGUAAUGAAAAUGUUUGACGAUCUGGAGCGUUCCGUUGCUAAGGACGCUGAAUCAUUUAAGACAGAAACAUUCGAUAAGCUAACGAAGAAACAGUCAGACAGUGAAAAACAUAUUGCUGAUGUAACAAAAUCUCUGGAAACAAUUGAUAACGUUCAGCAGCACGGGACGCCAUCACAACAGUUUAUACUGGCACAUAUAAUGAACAAGAGAGUCGAUGAACUUAGCAGCAACGUUGACAAGGAAUGUCAAAGGUUGGAGACUGUGACCGUUUCAUUUGAUUUUGAUGAAACAUUGAAAUUGCCCCCACUCUCGAUUUCUGAUUACGUUCCUGGACAACUUACAUUAAAAUACUCAGUACCUGAAGCUUUGAAACCUAUAACACAGGUAGAGCCGGUUGUUAAGUUAACAAAGAUUACCUCAAUUGAUCUUAAGCAGACUAAUGAAGAUAUCGGAGAACCGUUAUACACAGGCCUGGAUUUCCUGCCGGAUGGUAGAUUGGUUGCCGUGGAUAAUAGAAACAAGAAAUGCUUGAUUUACAAUGAAAAACUGGAGAAAGUAGGCUCAUAUUCGUUAUCGUACAUACCACAGAGUGUAGUUGCUGUAUCUGAGGAGGAAGUUGCGAUAACAUGUGGUGGUUACUACAAGAUAGACUUUCUACGUGUCAGUAAAUCUAAUAAUAUAACUUUGAUCAGGACAUGUAAAGUAAAGACACAGUAUGCCUCUAUAUGUCUAAAGGAUGAGGGACACUUUGUUGUUGGAAUUAUCGAUGAUACAAGGCCAGUUCGUAUUGUAUCUUUGUCAGGAGAAGAAAAGAAUUUCAGUAUCAACUUUCCGGACGAGGAAUAUCCUAUAGGCACUAGUGCUUGUACAUACAUUAGAAACAGUGACAAAGUGGUUCUCACCGAUAGAUACGAGCAUACUGUCUAUAUAUAUGACAUCAAGAGCAACACCAGAGUUGUUGUCAAGGACGACCAGAUCAAGGAACCAUGGGGUGUAGCAGUUGGUCCAUCAGACUGUAUCCUGGUUUGCAGUAAUAAAACAAACUCCAUUUUGAAGAUCUCUCAAACGGGUCGUGUCCUAUCAUCGUACAAGUUAGAUAUGAAACUCCCCUACAGAGUCUGUGUUUCUGAAGACAAAUCACUUAUUGCUGUCUCAAGUAACUUGAAAGGUGGAAGAAAGUUGCAGCUAUUAAAAGUAGAGUAUUAAAUUUAAUAGCAUACUGUACUCUGUCAGAAGAUGACAAUAUCGCUUGAAAAGAAAAACAUACUUAAUACAAAUUAAAAUUGAAAUAUAAGGUAAAUGAUGUUCAGAAUUAUAUAAUUUGUUUUUAUAUAAUCAAGAUCAACCCAUUGACUUGUUUAUAUUUAAAUUUGCCAAAAAGAAGAGCAUGAAUAUGUUAUAUAUAGUAAUCAUUACAAGUUUGUUGGUGAACAAGGGAUACUGUGCUAGCAAUAUCAAAUGCAAUAUCAGGAAAAAAGCCAGUUCACUUGGCUCAGUAGGUAGAGCGUUGGUCUACGGAUCGCGGGGUCGCGAGUUCGAUCCUAAGGCAGGGCGUAUGUUCUCUGUGCCUAUUUGAUAAACGACAUUGUGUUCGCAAUAAUUAGUCCUCCACCUCUGAUUCAUGUGGGGAAGUUGGCAGUUAUUUGCGGAGAACCGUUUUGUACUGGUACAGAAUCCAGGAACACUGGUUAGGUUAACUAGGUUAACUGCCCGCCGUUAAAUGACUGGAAUACUGUUGAAAAAUGGCGUUAAACCCAAUACAAACAAACAAACAAAUGUAUCAGUAAAAAGGGGUUUUGCUUUGAUACUAUAUACGCUAGUUUGCAAAUAUAUCUAUUGCUAAUAAAAGGUCUUAAAACUCUGACUGAAAUAAAUGUAUUUAUCCUAGGAUUAAAGAAAUCAAGAUUUUACUGUAUUGAAAAGUUAUUGAAGUGUAGGAUGCACGAUUAUUUCGUGCUAUUUUCAGUGGUAUAUAGCUGAGUUGAACAGUCAGUUAAGUCAUUCAAGGUUGUCUGCAUUGCUUACCACAACACGUACACAACUUACAUGUAUACAAACUGGAUUAUAAUGGCUGGUGAACAAACGACCACGCGUAAAUUCGGCGGCAAUUUAGCUGCAGCGGAGUUAAAGAAUUAUAUUGAUUCCGACAAGAGAGUUCAACCAGAUCAUUGAACAUUCUCAAGUAAUUCAAUGACGACAAAUACUCACCAGCAUUCCAUUUCAACUAGAAGUUGGCAAAAAAUUGUAUUUUCUGAUCAGAGUUCAUCAUACAUCAACAAAUCCUUUGGAUCUACCCCUAGUUGUAACAAAGACUGUCGUAAACUUAUCGAAAUGCUGAUAAACUCAGGAUACAGGAACACAGUACAUCAGCAUGAAAAGUCAUUGAUGUGUAGAUCAGAAAUAUUUUAGGACGAGCCGAGUGUCGGAUUCAGUCUAAACAGGGAGUGAGGAGACCACGGGUUGACUGACAAACAAACUUAUCCAUAUGGUCCAGAAAGAAAAAGACUGAACAUUUUGUACAAGAUGAGUAUUAUUUUUGAUUUAUGUAAUUUUAGUUUGAGAUGUGACUGGUCUAAAUGCCAGAUGUUGAGGAGAGAGGUCUUAUGUUGUAUUACGCCAAGCCGAAUGGCAAGGGCAAGCGCCGAUGGGCGAGAUUUAUAGUUGUAUUACGCCAAGCCGAAUGGCAAAGGCAAGCGCCGAUGGGCGAGAUUUAUAGUUGUAUCACGCCAAGCCGAAUGGCAAGGGCAAGCGCCGAUGGGCGAGAUUUAUAGUUGUAUUACGCCAAGCCGAAUGGUAAGGGCAAGCGCCGAUGGGCGAGAUUUAUAGUUGUAUUACACCAGGCCGAAUGGCAAGGGCAAGCGCCGAUGUGCGAGAUUUAUAUUACAUUAUAUUUAUUUAUUAUUUAUUAUUUAUUAUUAUAUUAUUAGAUUUUCAGUUGUGUCAAUAGAUAGAAAGAUAAAGACAGUAUUUCAUCAUAAGUGCAAAACUUAUUCUUAUCAUAGUCUCAUUAAGAUAUAAAUGCAUUGUGAAAAUUUUAAUGACCUUAUAUGAAUUCGUAACCUUAAUAAAAUGAUAUGUUUGGAAGACAUACAUUUGAUGAAUGUACAUGUUUUGGCUAGUAAAUGAACAUCUAUGGAUUAUAUUAUCUUCACUGAGGAUAAUAUUUUUCCGGCAAUAAAUUGUGGGGGAAGAAAAUGUCAGGCCACCAGAAGAUGGUAGUUGGUCUUGAGACUUGGUAUCUUUCUACUCCCCCCUCCCACGAGGGAGUUAGGGUUGAGUAGCCGCCGCGGCAGCACACUGACUAGGAAAGUAUAUUCAUAUAUGUAAGUUUUCCUUGUAAGAAUUAAAGAAAAUUGAUAAUAAGACUGAAGUUGAGUUAAACAGGGUAUGACUAUAAAGACGGUUUGCAGUUUUUAGCUUUAGAGUAUAA